AUGAAGUCUAUUCUUGUCACCGUGUUUUUGCUUUUGGCACCUGCACAAGUGUUGGCAAACUACCCAGUCAAGCUAUGCUGUGGGCCAGGAACACAAGGACGAGAUAAAGAUCCACCGUUCAAUUGCGAGAACCAUUCCGGCUCUAUGCUUUGUUGUGUCAACGCCGAUAAGGCCGAUCCUCAGGAUAAAUGUAAGGUGGGAAUGGAUGCGCAUCGUCUGGCUGUCGCAGGCCUGGAGAACCCAGAAAGACGGGGACAUGAUACUUGCCGCUACACCGUAGGCAGGGACCCGGUACAUGGUUUUCGAUGGUGUGCCAAAACUGGUAGCAGCUGGUAA